AUGGGUUUCUUCAGCCACGAUUCCGAACAACGUGAAUACUACGAUCAAUAUGGAAACCUCCAGGAACAUCACCAAGCCAGCGUGUCCCACGAACUGAUCGCUGGAGCGGCUGCGUUUGAAGCUGCUAAAGCUUAUGAGAAGCAUAAAGAGGCGAACGGAGAGUUUGAUAGUCAUGCCAAGGCCAAGGAGUUCAUUGCGGCCGCUGCUGGUGCCUUCGUCGAUCGUGAGGUUGAGACGAGAGGACUUGAUUUCAUCGAUAGGGAAAAGGCCAAGCGUCACGCCAAAGAGCAAGCUCACGAGGCGUACGAUAGUAACUACUAG